UGACGUCACUUGGUAUUGGGCGAGGCGACCUAUACCGGGUAGUGGCUAGUGGUCCAUCAUUCCCCCUCUUAUUUUUUGACCGUUACGCUAAUCAAUUUUGUGGCUCUGACUCACUCACCUCCAUUCAGUCCAUUGUCAGCCAUGACUGCUGCUUCCUUACACCUCCGUUUUCUUCACUAUCCAUUUUCUCUCUCCUUCAAACUCCAACGCAAUCGAUCGAUCACAGCUUCUAAACUUCCUCGAUUUCAACUUCAACCUCUUUUUCCUUCCACUAAAAUUAGGGUUUUUGGCUCCGAAUUUGGGAAUUUUAGAGCGCGAAAUUGCACUCUGUAUUGUUCUUGCAAAUCGAAUUUGCACGUUGAUAAGGUCGAGAUUGUGGAGGAAAUUGAGCGUCCUGCGUUUGAUAUUAAUCUUGCGGUCAUAUUAGCCGGUUUUGCUUUCGAAGCUUAUACUUCUCCUCCUGAUAAUAUUGGACGACGAGAAACCGAUGCUGCUGGUUGUACGACGGUUUAUCUUUCCGAAUCAUUUGUUCGGGAAAUAUAUGAUGGACAGUUGUUCAUAAAGUUGAAGAAAGGCUGUAAUCUACCAGCCAUGGAUCCAUGGGGAACUAGCGAUCCAUAUGUUGUCAUUGAGUUUGACGGUCAAGUGCUCAAGAGCAAAACAAAAUGGGGCACAAAAGAUCCAACAUGGAACGAGGAAUUUGUUGUAAAUAUCAAGCUUUCACCCAAUGCAUUUCUUCAGGUGGCAGCUUGGGAUGCUAAUCUUGUUACUCCACACAAGCGUAUGGGAAAUGCAGGCGUUGAUCUAGGAGCCUUAUGUGAUGGAAAUUCACAUGAGUUGCUGUUGGAAUUGGAAGGCAUAGGAGGUGGUGGAAAGAUACAAUUAGAGGUCAAAUAUAGGAGUUUUGGUGAAAUUGAUGAAGAUAAAAAGUGGUGGCAGAUACCUUUUCUUUCUGAAUUUCUUAGUCAAAAGGGUGUUGACUCAGCUAUAAAAAUGCUUGCUGGAUCUGAAAGUGUGCCAGUACGCCAGUUUGUGCAAUUUGCUUUUGGUCAGUUAAAAUCUUUGAAUGAUUCAUACUUGCAUAAAGAUUGGUUUUCAAGUAUUGUUAAGCAUGAGGAAGCUGAAGGGUCAAGUGAAUCUUCUGGUGAGUCUGAUGCACCAUCAUCAUCAAACAACCUCUCUGAAGGAUCCUUGGAAAGUCCAAAUUUCAGUGAUGCAAACUAUGCAGAGGAUUUCUCAUCAAAUGAUACUAGUGACAUUACACAAUCAAACAUAGAUUUUUGGAGAAGUUUUGCUGAUGUUAUCAAUCAAAAUGUGAUUCAGAAAGUAGGGAUCCCUGUUCCUGAUAAAAUGAAAUGGGAUGCUUUUGACUUAAUAAAAAGUAUGGGCUUUCAGUCACAGCAAGUGGCAGAAGCGGGCUAUAUUAAAUCAGGGCUUGCAACUCCAGAAAAGGACUCUAGUAAUGAUUCUGGUGUGGAUUCGAGCCCACUUAACAUUGGCAAGAUCCAGUCUUCACUUCCUGAUAUUAGGAAGGCAACUGAGGACAUAUUGAAGCAAACAGAUUCUAUUUUCAGUGCACUCAUGCUUUUGUCUGCUGCUAGCCCUCAAUUAGAGAAGGAAUCACUGAAUGGAGAGCAUUUUGAAGAUAAAAAAGACAGUUUACCAAAACAGAAUGAUGAUGUCUCAGCUUCUUUGAAGAAUGAAGGGCUUGCAGGUUUGGAUGAAAAGAGAGCUGAAGAGACAAGGGCGCUUUUUUCAACUGCUGAAACUGCCAUGGAAGCUUGGUCUAUGCUCGCCACUGCAUUAGGAAAGCCAAGUUUAAUUAAAUCAGAUUUUGAGAAGCUCUGUUUUUUGGAUAAUUCAACUACAGAUACACAGCUGCAGGUAGCAAUUUGGCGUGAUUGUACGAGGAAAAGAUUAGUUGUUGCAUUCAGGGGUACUGAACAAGCAAGAUGGAAGGACUUGCGGACUGAUCUAAUGCUAGCUCCUGCUGGGUUAAAUCCUGAAAGAAUUGGUGGAGAUUUUAAGGAAGAAGUUCAAGUUCAUAGCGGAUUUCUGAGUGCAUAUGAUUCAGUUAGAACCAGAAUUAUGGCUCUAAUCAAGAAAGCUGUUGGUAUCAUGGAUGAUGAUGAACAACCACAAGAUAAAUGGCAUAUUUAUUGCACUGGUCAUAGUCUUGGUGGUGCUUUAGCAACUUUACUUUCUCUCGAGCUUUCAUCAACUCAAUUGGCAAAAAAUGGGGCUAUAUCUGUUACUAUGUACAACUUUGGAUCUCCUAGAGUCGGAAAUAAAAGAUUUGCAGAAGCUUACAAUGAGAGAGUGAAAGACAGCUGGAGGGUGGUGAACCACAGAGACAUUAUACCAACUGUCCCUCGCUUGAUGGGUUAUUGUCAUGUGGCUCAGCCUAUAUAUUUGACUGCUGGAAAUCAGGAGAAUGCUCCAGAACAUGUCAAGCUUUCUGGAGAUGGCUAUCAAGGGGAUGUGAUUGGGGAAGCAACACCCGAUGUUUUAGUCAGUGAAUUUAUGAAAGGUGAGAGAGAAUUAGUGGACAGGAUACUGCAGACGGAGAUAAAUUUAUUCCGGGCCAUUAGAGAUGGAAGCGCAUUGAUGCAACAUAUGGAGGAUUUCUACUAUAUCUCAUUGCUGGAGAGUGUGAAGUCAAAUUAUCAGACUGCUACUGUGCCUGUGAAGAAGAAAGGAGAUGAUUUAUCUGUCAGCUGAAACAGCACAUUGUUUGAUGGUUGGUAACUGUCAAGUUUCAAAUUAGCCUACUUUCAUGAAUCAUUGUAUCAAAUACUCCAAAACUAUGGUGUCUGCAGGAACCUCAUAAAUUGACAUUGGUUUUUCCACUUUGCUAUCUAGAAUAUUGGUAUUUAGAAUUUAUUCUAAAAUACACCAGAGCAGCAAGAGCAAGAGGGGUCAUAUCUAUGCGAUUAUAUAGAACAACAAAUAGAAGUUCUGUAUAUGUGCUGUUCGGCUGUACAUGGUUCUUGGCUAUCCAACUAUCAGAAUGUGGUCCUGUUCAGUGGCUACCCAGUAAAUGAUUUUUCACUUGAACUGUUUUCUUACGAUUUGAGUGUGGAUGUUGUUCCUCCUUUGUCUUGCAUCUCAACUUUCUCGAGCAUUUGACAUUUAGUAUCAUCCUCCUCAUGUCUGCUCUGUAAAUAUACUACUUGAUGUAUAUUUAUUUAACUUAAGAUAUUUGUAUAUAUCAAUUGCACGUAGUAAAUAUCAUGUAUCUUUAAGAAAUAUAAGUGACUUCUUUUGUUGUGAAAUAAUUAUGCAACAGUCUAUGUCUCUGCUCUCGACUCUUUGAGCCAACUUCUUUCGAGGUGUCUGUCCUUGUAUAUUGCUUAUUAUGACGUAUUUUAUCCUUCUGCUGUCGGUCUAUGUUCUGAAUGUAAAAUUGCUGCUCAGAUGAUAUGCCACCCUUGUAAGAAAAAUAGUUUAAGCAACUGCUUUUAGAAGGAAUGUGGCUACUAUUCUUUGAAGUUUGAACACUACUUUCAUUCAGUAAUCCUCUUUUCUUGAUGUAUUUAAUUCAGUAAUCUAACCAAACCAUUCUAUUUCACUCAUCUCAAACAUAUGUUACUCGAAUUCUUCACUACCUUAAGUACCUCUAUGGAUCCUUGGCAUUCAGACAUGGGUAGGACAUUUGACCCUUCAUAUUUUUUUUCACCUACAUUACAAAAUAGCCAAGUUGGACACUUAUAAGCACAUACGACACCGUGUCAGAUAUGGAUAACCGACCAAGUCCGAGCAACACAGUCUAAAAGUGAAUAUCACCUUGACAUUAAGUUGUUUGUC